GAUGAAGAAUCGGUUGGCAAAGGAAUGAAAAAUGGGAAAACUAUGAUGGAUCCACAACAACCCACGAAUGGCACCUCAAAAUCGACAAAGGAUGAGUUGGUAGGCAGAGAUGAGGAACAAGAAACGAUGAAGAUGGAUCCCCAGUCACUUCCAAAAACCAGAAUUGUUGAAGCAAAACCUGAAGAACGUAUUUCAACAGAGACCAUACGUCCAAGCUCCCUAACUUCUAAAACGCAGAAGGUACCUGUUCCUGUGAGUCCAAGAUUCGAUGUCCUUUCGGUUGGAGGCAUCACCAGCAAAAAUAUUGAAAUUCUUGAAGAGGAAGAGGAAGAGGAACGUGGCUUGAUAGCUACCAGGAGACAGAGAAGUAGAAUGAAGGCAGAGGAUUCUUCAUCAAGAAAAGAGCACGAGACUUCCCUUCAUGUCAUAGGUGAACCUUCUCUGCCACCCUUACCAGCAAGUCCCAGGCAAAUUCCUUCAUCUACUCCUUCCAAGUCCACUUAUGGGAUGGAACCUUCUUUUUAUGAUGCCAACAAUGCUUUGAGUGUUCCUGGGGUGCAAGAGAUAGCUGAUAUGAUGAAACUAGGGGGUGCUGAGCCUUCCAUGUUAGCAGAGGCAUUCAAGACUCACCCACAACUAUGUCUUUCUUCAGAGUACCGAAGCACUGACUUGUUGUGCUUCUCUUAUAGGGUUCUGCUAAAUAUCUUGAACAUUUUGGCCACUAGGAACCCCUUCACUAUCACCGACGCAGACAAGAGAAUGUUGGAAAAUUAUUUAAAUGAUGCUUCUGUUCUUGGUUUUGACAAAGAUUGGCUUGGGUCUGUUAGAAUGAAGGUUUUCAAUUAUGAUGGAUCUGAAGUUCAACUCAUGCAACAAGUUCUAAAUGAUUUGGGCAAUAAGCUCCACACAAAAAAGGCAGAACUUGCCAAAGCUGCACAAUUAGCAGAAAUGGCUCAGAAAGAGUUAGAGGCAGCUCAAUCCCAUUUUGACAUUGCACAGCAAGAGCAUGCAAAUAGUAGGGAACUUCAUUCUCAACUUCUCCAGGAAUGCCAAGAAAUUCUGGAACAACGAGAUCAAUGUUGGGAAACAAUUGCUGCAAAAUAUAAGCCUUUUGGAUUUUAGCAUGUGCGCGCGCGCGCCAUGUCUACUUUUGCAAUUUUCUUUUUUUCAGUUGUGCUUAUUCACAUGCUUUUAUUUCCCAAAAAUUAAUACUGUCAUUGACUCUGUAAUAUCGUCAUACUUUUAUUUCCCAGUUCAGAAGUUUGUGUGUGUAA